CUGAUAGACAGCACUGACUGGCAUCACUGCUGGGCACUGACUGGCGGCACUGACUGGCACAACCCCUGGGCACUGACUGGUGGUACUGACUGGCAGCACUGGUGGGUGGCACUGGUGGGUGGGCACAGGUGGGUGACACUGCAGAGUGGCACAGGUGGGUGCACUGCUGGGCACAGGUGGGCGGAGCUUGCGGGUGGCACUGCUGGGCACCGAUCAUCUGGGCACUGAUCAUCAGUGCCCUGAUGAUCGGUGCUGAUCCCACUCUGACAACUGCCGGUUCUCGGCAGCACUUUCCUCACGAUCUGACAGCGUGAGGAAAGUGCAGCCGAGAACCGGCACUUGCAU